UUGGUUGAAAUGGUUAAAGCCAAAAAAUCUGCGCAAGCGCAAACGGUGCUGUCUGCUCAAAGGUGACGUCGCUCGAAUUAAGAACGACAGUUGAAAUCCAAAAGAAGAAAGAAACAGCAUCUCGCCACUGAAUAGAUCUCGCUGACUGAACUCAUAAUUGAAUCAUGAACUCCAGCAAGAUUAACAACACAGCAACUGUCAUGUGUUUUGGCUUAAAAGAUUUGAAAGGAUUUUAUGUAUCCGAAUAUCUUAUCACUACCGCUCUACUUACGAUUUUAUCAAGCGUGGCAGCCUGUAUUGUCGCAAUGGUUGGCAAUGCACUCACAUUGUACUCGAUCUGGAAAGCCUCGCUCUUAUCUAAUCCAUCCUACAUGAUUAUAGCAUGCUUGGCAAUAACUGACUUUCUAAGCAGCAUCACUAUUCUCCCGUUCAAUAUUGUGAUACGUUUUCAAGAUAUGUUCAACGUCCACAGCUGCAUUCUGAAGCGCAUUUUUUCAACGGUUGCAACUAUAUUAAUCGGUUGGUCGAUGCUAACAACGUGCAUUAUCAACCUAGAUUGCUUUUUAUCUCUGUAUUUUCCAUUUAGGUUUAAGACAUGGAAUCUCAAUACUUGGUACUUGGUGGCAAUUGUGUCUAGUUGGAGCCUUUGGCUUCUGUAUUCGCUGUUAGGCGCAUCAAGUAUUCUGUCUUUGAGAACUUUUAUUUCAAUACAGGUUUCAACCAUCAUUGGCUGUCUUGCUAUCAUCUUGACCUGUCAGAUUCUUAUUUAUCGUUUGAUUAAAGCCCGCCAGACCAGGAUUGGUGUUUUGGCACCAAAUCAAAGUACAGCGACCCAAGUCAUCGAUGGUGUUGUACAAAGAAAUCAAAGGAAAAGUCGCAUGACCAUUUUCAUUAUUACAGCAGCUUUUUUAAUCUGUUUCUUUCCAAGAUGUGCUGUAAUAGUCGCUUUUAGCGCUGCUAGAAGCCCGUCAUUUACGCUCGUUUAUCAGGGAAGUAGAUUUUCUGAAACAAUACUCUUCGCCAAUUCCGCCAUAAACCCGAUCAUUUACUCUUUUCGGUUGCCGAAGAUCGGUAAACGUGUUCUCGCGUUGUUGCGUCGCAGCUUUUCCUGGUUUGCGAGGCCAUCAAGAUCGGAAAGCUCAUGAUCCGCAAGAUAGGGACACCAGACUUCGGGGACGAAGCUUUGGGCACCACAUAUUGGACACCAUACGUUUGAAACCGCACGUUGGGCGCCACAUGUCUAUCAUCUAUAAAGAUGUCUUUUGGAGAGGCCAACGCUAUAAACAGUCGUCAAGCAGACACUUAGAAGUAUUGCGACCGUGCGAUUGUUGACCAGGGGAAGUUAUUGCUUAGGAAAAGUUUAUUUAUCAACAUCGACUAAAGUGUAUUUUCUGUUGUCGUUUUUCUGAGAAAUUCGUUUGCUGCAAGGAAUCGGUUAGUUUAUUGUGAGCAUGCCAGAAGGCUAUUGAGUUUAAUCGAGCUGCCAACAUUUUGGAACGCAGCUAUUGUUUUUAACUUUUGGUGCAAGGAAUAAACAUCCAAAAUGAAGGCAUUGCAAUGAUACAAAAAGUUUUUUCCUGAAUUAAUGCAAAUAAUAGACAAAUAAUAAAAAUAUACGUAAAUAAGUUCGUAAAUAGAUUAAAUACAAUCAACAGUUUGUUCUGUUUCUUAUUUCAUACUCUAUUUUUCAAAAUAAUAGAAAAAGCGGUAAAAAAUGUUCAUUUUGGAAAAAGGUGAGGGGCUUCAGCCCCAAGCCCCGAGUCCUGCUGUUAGCUAGUUGGAUUUGUUGUUGUAUAAAUAAGAAUUUGGACAUAUCGCGAUUGCAAAAUUUAGAAGUGCUUUUCCCAAUUCAAACGCACGCCUUCUUGUCAAAACGUGGGCGAAAAGUUCAUCGUAUGUUUUAACCACGAGUUUUAACAGUAACUGAUGGGUCUAGUUAAAAGCCAGUGGAGUAAUCUUUGGCUUUUAAUCUUUGGAGUAAUCUAAAGACAGACUAUAAACUGCCUUCUUUAUAGCGUGGGAACUAGGAUAUGUUGGGGAUACGCUGCAACACACAAUUUUGUCAUCGAGAAUUUAGAAGAUACGUCAAUGAGCCCGGUUUCGUCUUCCAGAAUCUUAAGUGACGACGACAGCGGUACGUUUGACGUGUUGAUAUUUUAAUGUCGGCGUAAAAAACUGUAAAUUAUUGGGGGGGGGGGUUGUAACUACGAAGUUUGGAUUCAAGAAAGGGGUAAAACUGUGGGAGUAAAACCGCGAAUUAUGAUGGAUCCACGGUUAUUCAUAUUGUCUAAUGGAGGGGGUAAAACUGCUUUAUAAAUCAGUAAAAUUGGUGAGCAUCUUUUUCAACGGUACUUACAUCUUUGUCAUUUAGAGACGCAGUGUUUAUAGAAAUAUGUUUAUAGACGCAGUGGAAAUAUGUGGGUGGAAAAUUAAGAAAGAAAAUUUUGGUUAAAUCAAAGUACUUGUUUUAGAGAUUGAGAAGGCAUGGCAAACCAAGAAAUGUUUCUAUACAUGAAACCAAACAGAGAGGAUUGCCUUCUUUUGCCUUGAACAAAAGAGGUAAAGAGAGACGUUUAAUAGUCUGUCAUUGGCUAAGGGCUACUCUAUCGACUUUUUACCAUGUCCCUUAGUUCAUUUAGCAAUAACAUUUGUUAAUAUUUGUGGACGUUUUCUGUAAAGGAAAAAUAUUAUCAAAAACUAUAGUAUCAAAAUUCAUUUUCUUACACUUCUGUGAAAAGGCCCAUAAAUUUUUAUUUUGCUUUAUAAAGCUAUGAGCCCGGGCUGUGUUCGCCAUUUUCCUAAAAGUCAUCUGCAAAUUGUAAAUACCAUCGUCAAGAAAUUAAAACCGGAAUCAGAAAAUUUGGCGAGGAAAACCUCUCUAAUAAAAAAACAUAAUGUACUCACGUACACAAAACGUACUGGUUUUAAAGUCCUUACAAGAUAAUCGAGAAAAAGGAAUUUCCCCACGCAAAUAUCCGCAUGGCCUCUCAGAAUUUCUGAAAUAAUACCUCUAAAUCGCUUUCUGGUUACCCCCUCCCCCACCCCCUCUUUAUAAAUUGUCUUGCAAUGAGGCUAGCAGUCUUGAUUGGGCAAAUGAUUAGGGAGAAGUUGCUUGUCACAAGCUUGAGAUUCAAUAAAACUGCACUGUUUCGAAAUAGACAUUCAAAGUUUUUGCAGAUAAAUUCAAAUUGUCUAGCAGAGUUUAAGUUCACUCUGUUUAAACCCUUUUCCCAGCCUCCACAUCCUUACAUUGUCCAAAGAUUCUAAUUCGAUGAGUAUUUCAAAUCAAUAUACUCAUUGAUACUAAGCUAGGGGGUGUAAAGCUGGGAGGGGGGGGGCUCAGGGGGCCGUUAAUGAUGAAAGGUAGCCCUUUUCUUCUCUUUACUUUUCUACUUUGGAGGUUCCCUCCUUUUCUUUUCAUAGCACUGUACACCUGUGCCCCUAAAGAAUUGAUAUUUCUCACCAAUCGCCUUCGUAUUGGCAAAAAAUAUAAACAAGGUUAGCUAGAGUUGUUUCUCAAUGGCAGAAGAGUAUUAAAGAAAAUAUGCAAACAAUUAGGUUUUGAGGCAUGUCUGGUAAAGGUAUGAUACUGUUAAAACAGAACAGACAAAAACACUGCAAAACGUUUUGGCCUUUGGGAAUAUUUAUGGCUACUAUUGUAGAAUUGCAUAGGGUUAGCUGUUACUAUCAACUUUGUUAUGAAACCAAACAACUUUCGUACCAUUAGCAAAAUAAAAACAAAAAUUGAAUGGUGGUAGGCAAUAAAAUCUAGGCCAGUUAAAUAUACGAAAAUUAAUUCAAAUUUUCUAUCUCGCUUCAGUCAGAAAAUAAUAUUAGUACUGGAGUACCAGAAAAAACUAGAAGAAAAAAGGUCAGAGUUAACGUGAAAAUCUAGUUUCAAAUGUAUUCCCAGCGAACAUGCAAAUCCCUAUCUAGUUGUGUUUGCAGACAAACAGCAAAAUGUCUCCUCAGCCAAACAGCAAAAUGUCUCCCUUACACCUUUUGACAGAAUUAGGAUUUUAUAGUAUAUUUUAUAGAAG